AUGGGCUCGAACAACAUCAGAGGCAAAGUAAUCAUCGUUACUGGCGCAGGAGCUGGGAUCGGUCUCGCCAUAACGAAGAUUCUGCUGGCACAGGCAACGGUCUCCCUCGUCGUUGGGGUGGACGUUAAGACAUCAGAGCUCGAAACACUAGCAGUAUCGCAUCCAGACCGUCUUGCAGUGGUGCAAGGAGAUGUGUCCAGUCGAUCUACAAAUGUAUCGGCCAUUGACACCGCAGUUCGCCAAGGAGAAAAGAUCGAUGCGGUCAUUUUGAACGCGGCAAUCUUGCGUCCUGUUGGGCCCAUCGCAGACACAGCAGUCGAGGAGUGGAAGAGACUGUUUGAUGUGAAUUUCUUCGGGUUGGUCCAUGCAAUCCAACUCUCGUUGCCGUAUCUGCGCCAGACCAACGGCCAUCUGCUCAUGACCUCGUCGGGUGUCUCGCUCCAGCCGUAUCACGCCUGGGCGGCCUACGCCUGCUCAAAAGCAGCCAUGAACUCUCUUUGCGCCGGGCUGGCAAAGGAAGAGGAACAAGUGAAAUUCCUGUGCAUGACUCCAGGUAUUGUCGAUUCGGGGAUGCAGGCAGAGGUGCGACAAGAACACAAAACCCAUAUGCCGGCGGAGCAGUAUAAUUGGUUAACGUCGCUUCAUGCCAAUGGGGAGUUGCUCCGCCCAGAGGCCCCUGCGAGUUCGUUCGCGAGGUUGGCAGUCAGUGGGAUUCCCAAGGACCUCAAUGGUCAAGUGGUCGCAUGGGAUGAUGAGAGGGUAACCACUGUAGCUUUUUGA